AUGUCGGCCGUCGAGGAACCGCUCGGUUCACCGCAACCGCAGCCCGAUCAGCCGGCGCUUGUCCCUCAACAGCUUCAAGCCCAGCCCGGCGAUCCCCCCAACGGCGCCCCCAACGCUGCCGGCGCACCCGGUGACGGCUCUGUUCUUCGAAAACCAAAAGCCCCGUCCGUGAGACGCGCAUGUUUGGCAUGCCAUACUGGCAAAACACGAUGCAGUGAUGUAUUACCUUGCCAGAGCUGCCUGAAAAGAGGGUUGGGCGCAACAUGCGCGUACCCAGAACUAGAUAAUCAGGAGCAGGCAGCUACCGUGGGGCAGCCGGGCGCUUUCUCCGCAGCUGCUGCUCCCUAUGGGCCUCCGCUGCAGUACCCGUCGGCGCCGCCGCCACCGCCUAUGCAACCCCUCACACCUCAAGGCCAAUACUACGAAUACUCCACAAACACUUUCAAUGCCGCCCCCUCCUCCUCAAACAGCACUCCCUACCGGCCUACCAAACGGCCCCGGCCGCUGACGGAGGAGGAGGCUGCUGCCAUCACGCGCAAUUUCACCCGUGGCGACUUUUUCGUCGGGAACAGCGCGCCGGUACGGAUCGACCCUCGCCUCCCAGUGCGUCUCACACUGGGCGAAGGCGACAGCGUCCACUUCACCAUAGGCGAGCCGUUCUACUCGCAACCAUCAUCCUGACCGUUGCAGCUGCGUCAUGCCCAUUUGGUUUAUCGGGUUCGUGAAGAAUAGGGUUAUUGGUGUAAUUAUCGUGAUCAUACUGAGCAUGUACAAUAGCGCUUAGACUGUGUAUCCUAGAU